GUUCAGUCGCUGUUGCGUGCUCUUCUCUCCUUUCAUCAGAUCUCGGGUCAAAUCAUUCUUACUAGUAUUCUGCUAACAUCGCAUCGUGUCAGUUGUAUAUACACAGUGACGGCAGUUUAAAAAUAUCUUAUCGCUUUUUGAAAAUGUUAUUUAUCAGGACGAUCUUCAAAUUCUUCCAUCUCUUUGACUAAAUAUCGUCGUCAGUUUCUGUCAUGGAAUCGGAAUCUGGCACAACUAAUACGAAAAUAUCUGAUUCCGGAUAUAGUUGCAGUAACACUAAUUCACAAAGAAGUGCCAGUUCAAAAUCUCGUCAUAGCGGAAGCAAUUCAAGUAGGAGCAGUGGAUAUUGUGGAACAACAAACCCAGAUGGCAGCAUCUACGUUGGACCUCAACCUCCAAAACGCAACAAGGACAAAGAGCACAAGAAGAAAAAAUUAAAACUCGCCAGUCCCUAUUCCAGCUUACCUACCAUAACCGCUUCAGCAGUGUUAGCACCUGCAGAACCAAAAAGUUCAUCUGUCGCCAAUGCGAAAGAGUCCGCACCUGAACAAAGCAUGGGUGUGGAGGUUUUGCCAGCGAGCGUCAUCGAGGUGGCUGCUCCAGCCGCGGAUUUGACAGAUAAUAAUACCCCUGAAACAGUAUUAACGGCCGUUUCUCCAAAGCUGCCAGUCACAGCGGAGACUCCACCUCCCGAAGAAGAUAUCUCGUCCUGGAACGAAGAGAUUCAGCCGGAACCCGUCGCAGAAGCUCUUCCUGAAGAUUGCAAUGACUCGGUCACCGAGGCUAACAAGGCAACAUCGUGCCACUCAGAGGACAGUUUCUGUUGCGUCAUAUCCAUGUACGAUGGCGUAGUGUUGUAUACGACGCCAAGUUUGACUACCGUGCUGGGAUUUCCUAAGGAUAUGUGGUUGGGAAGAUCAUUUAUUGAUUUCGUUCACCCUAAAGACAGGGAAACUUUUUCUAGUCAAGUAACUACCGGCAUUGCUCAACCCUUAGUUGAUUCUCAAGGUAAAUGCAAUGAUUACAAGAAUUGUCUUUACGUCUGUCUGAGGAAAUACAGGGGAUUAAGAUCAUCAGGAUUUGGUGUGGUAGAGAAGGCCGUUUCUUACCAAGCAUUCCAACUUACUGUUACAUUCAAACAUAUCACUGACGCUCCUGAGAGCAAGUACCUGGAAAACAACAGUGGAAUGUUUUUGGUUGUAACAGCUGUUCCUGUACAUACAUCAUAUAAAGAACCCGAUGAAAGAAGAAAAUCGCCGAAAUUUGGUAUGCGCCACACAGCAGCGUGUACCUUCAGCCAUGUGGAUCCAGACGUAGUUACGAAUUUUGGAUUCCUGCCCCAGGAUAUGCUAGGGAAAUCAGUGUUCGAUUUUUAUCAUCCUGAAGACAUGCCUUUCUUAAAAGAAAUUUACGAAUCUGUGAUGAAAAUGUGCCAAAUUGCCGGCUCAGUUUUUCGAAGUAAGCCUUAUAGAUUUGCAGUACAAAAUGGUGGAUUCGCGAUGAUAGAGACGGAAUGGUCGAGUUUUGUUAAUCCUUGGUCGAGGAGAUUGGAGUUUGUCAUAGGACUCCAUAGAGUUUUGCAGGGACCAUCAAAUCCUGACAUUUUCGAAUCUUGGUCAGACGAAUUAACAAGCAACAUAUCUGAGGAAGUCUUAAAAGAGAGCAAAGUGAUACAAGAAGAAAUCUUGCUGUUACUAAAUAAGGAACUUCCGAGAUCAUCAGAAGCUUCUAAACAUGAAGUGUCAAAGAGAUGCAAAGAUUUGGCCAACUUCAUGGAAUCUCUCAUGGACGAAGUCAAUAAGUCCAAUUUGCAACUAGACUUACCGCAUGAAUUAGAUCCUACGAUCUCGGUAAGUUUGAAGAGAAGGCUUUGGUUAGGGUCUAGUUUUUCUGAAAGUAAAUGGUGUUUUGAGGAACGAGAUUCUGUGAUGUUGGGAGAAAUAUCACCACAUCAUGAUUACUAUGAUAGCAAGUCAUCGUCUGAGACUCCGCCUAGCUACAAUCAGUUGAAUUAUAACGAAAACAUACAGAGGUUUUUUCAAAGUAAACCCAAAACAACGGUUUCGGACGAAAGCAGCGGUGUGCUUCAGAGCAACAUAGACACAGAUCAGGAAGCCAAGGCUGUCCAGGACUGCGCGAACAACCAAAAAUGCCUCUCGCCUGUACAAAACAGUGGCACGUCAGGGAGCGGAAGCGCAGGAAAUUUGAGCUCCGUCAGCAAUCCGAACAUUGAAAGUGGCACCACCAGUGUUACCAACACCUCCAAUGAUUCCUAUAAACCACCCCACUUGACCGAGUCGCUUCUCUUCAAGCACAAUGAAGAUAUGGAGAAGAUCAUGAUCAAGAAACACCGCGAACAUAGAACGAAUAACAAAGAGAGAGAAAUCAAGAAGACGCAACACAAAUUUGAGAAACUUAAUGCUUUGGAAAGAAACUUUGACAAAAAUGAGCAAAUUCUUGCGGGAUACACUCACGGAGUGAAAAGGAGCGGUUCUUAUUCUAGAGAUGGCGAUAAUCACAAAGUGUCUAAGUACAAACACCUAGGAGGCAUAAUCAACCAGAAGGACGACGUCACACCGACUACCAACGGUGCGUCAUCACCGACAAAACUGCCCAAUUUACACAAUCAACCAGUUACGACUAGUAUUCCCCGCAAUGACAAUAUAUUUCAAUCAGGGUUAAACGAUGUAAAUCUUUGGCCGCCUUUCUCUGUAACGGUAACACCAAUGAAUAACACUCAAGCUUGUACUAUGAGUACAACACCAACCGGUCCUGGGGGCUUCGCUACGGGAAUGUUCCCUGUUUACUACAUUCCCACCACGCACCAGACCACGAUUGCAGGACAAUACAAUGAUCCUUGUGUAGCAUCUUCAAGAUACCAAGUGCAAUACAUGCCCGGAAUGAUCUACAACUACAACAGCGCCCUUUACCCCGCUUCCCCUCUCAUCUGCCCCACCCUGCCCGUCCUUCCAGUGCCCAUGGUUCCAUCCAUUCCAGCCAUCACUCCAGAAGCUCGACCCAUCAGCAAUCUGCAACAGGUGAACGGUCUUUCGAGCAGUUCUGUCCUGCAAACUGAGCAUAAACCUGGCACCCCCGUGAAAGCCCCCCAGUUCCAAAGGCCUGCCAGUCAGGCGACUUCGGUUAAGGCUGAACCUGGAAGUGCCAUGGGGUCCAUCGCUUCCGCCAGUGUGGCUAAUAAGAUUAAUGAAAUCGUCGAGCCUAAAAAAGAAAAUGCUUAUAGAAACAACAACACUUUUAUUAACAACAACACUUUUAGUAACAACAACACUUUUAAUAACAACAACCAAACUAACGAUGAAGAAAGUAGUUGUUAUUCUUCUUCCUAUUCUUCAUUUCUCAAAACUGACACUGGUUCUGGAUCUAACGAUGAUUCAAACAUCAUGGAGAAUAGGACUAAUAGAACAGAUGAUAAUACGUGGAAAGACCGUAGGAAUUAUCCAAUUAGGAAAAAAGAUCCACCAUGGUUAGAGUCUGUUGCGACAUCCCCGGAUCUAAUUUAUAGGUACCAAAUGACUGUUAAAGAUCUCGAAGAUAUUUUAGAAGCAGAUUUAAACGUCCUUAAGGAAAUAACUCAGCCGGUGAUGGUAAACGACCAAUUAAAUCAAUUGUAUAUAGAUAUGGAACUCGAGGGGUUGUCGAAAAAGCUAACGUUGGAUGAAGGAAUUACAUCUAGCAGUAGUAGUGACGAAAAUUCUGCAAAUAUAGCAAAACCAAAGAAAAAAAGACGAUCUUAUAGUUCUCUGGUGAUGAUUUAUGAAGAAAAUGCCCCCUUUCCUCCCCCUCCCAAUCACUGAAGUCUUUGUAUCUAUAAAAGUUUAUUUUUAUACAAAUAAUUAUAUAUUUAUUUAUAAAGUAAUAUUUUGUAAACUAUUAAAAUUUUGAU